UUUAGUUCGGUUUAUUAAAUUUUUGUUUUGUUCUUAAAAACCUAGAAUUUUCUGUGAAAAAUGGAAAACAUUCCACAAAAAGCCUUGCGUGUGUUAUUGAUUGAUCAGAAGCGUUGUGAUGUUUUCUUUCAUUGCAAAAAAGCGGAUGGAACAUGGUCUAAAUAUGGCGCCCACAAAUUCUGGUUAAGUUUGGUGAGUGAUGUUUUUGAGGCAAUGUUUUUCGGUGAAACUGUCACGAAUGGCGGAGUUACUGACGAGACCAAUGUUUGGAUUGAAGAUAUCAAUUUUGAUGGUUUUGUAGCUUUUUUGAGACACAUUUAUGGCUUUACAAUAAACGACGAGCUGGAAGACGACAAAACUCUCGUGGAAUUUUUCUGUUGCGCUCACAAAUACAACUGCGUUGUUGCCUUGAAAUUCGCCGAAGAAUUGAUGAAAAUUCGUCUUUCUGUGAAAAACGUGCUGCUUUUCUUUGAGAUUGCCGACCUUUAUGACUUGCAAACGUUAAGAUACUGUUGCAGGAUCAUGUGCUGCCAAAUGAGCGAAAUUCUGUCGACCUCGGAGUUUCUCACAUCAAAACCGGCAACUGUCAACUUUCUGUAUGGCUUCCCUUGUGGCGCCAUUAACUCGGAAAUGGAUUUUGUUUGGGCCCUCGAACGUUACGUUGCCUUCAACAAGAAAAAUGACGAGAAAAUUGCGGAAAAAAUCCGACCAGCAUUGCAACAAAUUCACUUUCUCACAACGAGUGCGAACGAUAUUUCGCACACCGCGUUGCUGUCGCAAGAGGAAAAGAAAAUGCUGAUCGGGAGUUUGUCGUCGAAAACUACGCCUUCAAUAAAACCAUUCAAUUCGUCGCGAAAAAAUCGCUGCAUGAAAAAACGAAUUGACAUGAUUUGGCCCCUGAAGGAUUUGUUUGUGCCGAAUACUUGUGCGUAUUGUAAAAGAAAAAAAGUGGCAGAAAAUCACUCAAUUUGGAAUUGCUCGCAGAUGGGCGAUGAGUCACGUAGACUUUUGUCGAGAGUUUAUGUACAAUAUCAACAUACGAAUUUGAUUGAUUAUGAUUUGUUUGAUUUGAUGAAAAUUUACAAUUUUUUUUGUGAACAAAAGUUCAUUGCAUAUUGAUUUUGAACUUUGUAAGAUUUAAUUUUUUCGAAAAAAAAAUAAAAUAAAU